AUGGGAUCUUGUCGUGAUCGUUAUCGCGAAGUCAGUCAGGCCAAUAUGCAUGCAGACCUUCUUAAGUUUUACAUUGAAACCCAGAUAAUCCUGUUCAGUCCCAUUUGCUCUCACCUUUGUGAACACCUUUGGCGUGUCGUGCUCAAUCGCAAAGGCUCAGUCUUUGACGCUUCAUGGCCACAACCUACUAAUGAUGUUUCUACACGUCUUUCUCUCGAAGUCUUAUCCACCUGA